AUGCUGAAGAGUCAUUCUGAUAGAAAAUCGAAUGUUACUCAGAGCAGCAGUUACAAUCGAGAUCUUUUCGCUUCCUCUUCUUCUUCUCAUCACGUUUCUGCAAUUACUACAUUCAAAAUACAUCAAGAUAAAUCACACAUUUUCAGUGAAACCUUGCUCUUCUUGAAUAGGCAUCAAACGGAGGAGUGGAAAGGAUGGAUGCAGGUAAUUUUUCUGAUGUACCAUUACUUUAAUGCAAGAGAAAUUUACAAUGUGGGUCGUGUAUGUGUUGCUGCCUACGUGUGGAUGACUGGAUUUGGGAAUUUUUCAUAUUACUAUGCUCGUAAAGAUUUUAGCCUCUCUAGAUUUGCUCAGAUGAUGUGGCGGCUUAAUUUCUUGGUGUUUAUGUGUUGCAUAGUCCUUGACAACAGUUACAUGUUAUACUACAUCUGCCCCUUGCAUACCUUUUUCUCUCUCGUGGUAUGUGGCAUUAUUGGUGUUCUUCACAAGUACAAUGAGAUUAAAGCCGUCAUUGUGGGCAAAUUUUUUGUUUCCUUUUUGGUCGUUGUCCUGGUGUGGGAAAUACCUGGAGUGUUUGACGUCCUUUGGGAACCAUUUACCUUCCUUCUAGGAUAUAAAGAUCCAAAUCGAAAGGUAGAAAACUUGCCCCCUAUGUAUGAGUGGCACUUCCGCACAGCUCUUGAUCGCUAUAUCUGGAUAUUAGGCAUGAUAUAUGCAUACUAUUAUUCAACUAUUGAAAAGUGGAUUGAAAAGUUAGAUGAUGCAAAACUGAAGCCCAGGAUAUUCAUCAAAACGACAAUUGUUGUGACAUCUGCAACGGCCGCAUAUCUAUGGUUUGAGUACAUAUUCAAAUUGGACAGCAUUACUUACAACAAAUAUCAUCCUUACACUUCUUGGAUUCCCAUCACGGCCUACAUAUGUAUACGAAAUGUUACCCAGAGUUCCCGUAGCUAUACGUUGACCCUUUUCGGUUGGAUUGGAAAGAUUUCACUGGACACAUACAUCUCGCAGUUCCAUAUUUGGUUAAGAUCAAAUGCUCCUGAUGCCCAGCCGAAGAAGUUGCUCAUUAUCAUUCCAAAUUAUCCCUUAUUGAACUUCAUGUUUACGACUAUCCUAUUUAUGGCGAUUUCUUACAGGCUUGCUGAGCUGACAAAUACAUUUAAAAUGGCUUUGGUACCUAACAAGGACAAUAAGCGCAUUAUGCAUAACAUAAUUACCGCAGCUGCAAUCAUGGGCAUCUUAUACUCCUUGUCAUUUCUAUUCCUUUAAGUUUCUCCAAUCUUGGUUUGAUGAUAAUGAAAGAUUGUAUAGAAGAGCAUUGCAGUGUACUACAAUUUUAUGUGGAAGACACAAUGGAGCAUUCAAAUUCAAAAGAAAAAUGUUGAAUUAUGGAAUUUUCUCGUAAGAAAAGAAAGAAAGAAAAAAAAA